GCAAGCUUGCUGUUGUCUGUGGUAAGAAGAGGAGGUUGCAAUGGAUCUAGUUGUGGCCCUGGUCCUUGGUCUCUCCUGUCUGCUUCUCCUCUCAGUAUGGAGACAGAGCUCUGGGAGGGGGAAGCUCCCACCUGGUCCCACUCCUCUCCCAAUUAUUGGAAAUAUUCUUCAGAUAGAUGUUAAGGACAUUAGCAAAUCCUUAACCAAAUUCUCAAAAGUGUAUGGCCCUGUGUUCACUCUGUAUUUGGGCUUGAAGCCUUCUGUGGUGUUGCAUGGAUAUGAUGCAGUGAAGGAAGCCCUGGUUGAUCUAGGAGAGGAGUUUGCUGGAAGAGGCAGUUUCCCACUGUCUGAAAAAGUUAAUAAAGACUUUGGAAUCCUCUUCAGCAAUGGAAAGAGAUGGAAGGAGCUUCGUCGCUUUUCCCUCAUGACCCUGCGGAAUUUUGGGAUGGGAAAGAGGAGCAUUGAGGACCGCGUUCAGGAGGAAGCCCGCUGCCUUGUGGAGGAGUUGAGGAAAACCAAUGGCUCACCCUGUGAUCCCACUUUUAUACUGGGCUGUGCUCCCUGCAAUGUGAUCUGCUCCAUUAUUUUCCAGAAUCGUUUUGAGUAUAAAGAUCAGAAUUUUCUUAACUUGAUGGAAAAAUUCAGUGAAAACCUCAGACUUAUGAGCUCCCCAUGGAUCCAGGUCUGCAAUAUUUUCCCUUCUCUCAUGGAUUAUCUCCCAGGAAGUCAUAACACAAUUUUAAAAAAUUUUGAUUAUGUAAAAAGUUAUGUUUUGGAGAAAAUAAAAGAGCACCAAGAAUCUUUGGAUGUCAACAAUCCUCGGGACUUCAUUGAUUGCUUCCUGAUCAAAAUGAAAGAGGGAAAGGACAAUCAACAGACUGAAUUUACCAUUGAAAACUUGUUAACCACUGUAACUGAUUUGUUUGGAGCGGGAACGGAGUCAACAAGCACCACUAUGAGAUAUGGACUUUUGCUCCUGCUAAAGCAUACAGAUAUCACAGCUAAAGUCCAAGAAGAGAUUGACCAAGUGAUUGGCAGACACCGUAGCCCUUGCAUGCAGGACAGGAAGUGCAUGCCUUACACAGAGGCUGUGUUACAUGAGAUCCAGAGAUACAUUGAUUUCAUCCCCACCAGUCUGCCCCAUGCAGUGACUUGUGAUGUUAAAUUUAGAAACUACUUCAUCCCCAAGGGAACAAGAAUAAUAACAUCACUGACUUCCGUGCUACAUGACGAUAAGGAAUUCCCUAAUCCAGAGGUGUUUGAUCCUGGUCACUUUCUGGAUGAGAGUGGCAACUUUAAGAAAAGUGACUACUUUAUGCCUUUUUCAUCAGGAAAACGUAUAUGUUUGGGAGAGGGCCUGGCCCGCAUGGAGCUGUUUUUGUUCCUGACCACCAUUUUACAGAAUUUUAAGCUGAAACCUGUUAUUGACCCCAAGGACAUCGACACCACCCCCAUUGCCACUUCACUUGGCCGUGUGCCACCUUUGUACCAGCUCUGCUUCAUUCCUGUCUGAAGAAGGGCUACUGGCUGCUGCUGUGCCAUCAUCACCUGCCACUUCUCUUGGAGGCAUCAUCCCCCUUCUUACUCUCAGGGAUACCACCUCUCAGCUCUGCCUCACAUCCCCAUCUCCUCCUGAUCCAGUGAACAUGCAGCCUUCAUUAAGGAGAGUUUCCUGGAUUGCUGCAUAAAUAAAUCUGCUAUUCCCUGUACUCUGUAACUCUUGCAUCGACAACCACAGGUUCUAAUACUCAGUUACUAACAUGUUAUCAUGGUAAAACAGCACAAUAACUAGUCUAUGACAAUUCGGAGACAUGAAUUUUCUGCAUGUUCUGAAUAAAAAUUACUGUUGUUGCUGGAUCUGUUCUCAGAAAUGUAUUGUUGUGCAAAAUUCAGAAUAAAAAACAAUAGGUCAAAACCACACUGAGAUAGCCACUUUGCAUACAUGAGAAUAUAGCUGUUAUAAGAGGGAGAGAAAGAGACUGAACAAGAAUAAGGAAACAGGAGUGUCGGUGAGAAUAUAUAGAAGUAGGAAGGCCUGUGCAUAUGUGGAGAAUGAAAAAUGAUGCAGCCCCUGUGAAACAGAGUACAGUGAGUGGUUCCUAAACAAAUUAAAAUUGAAUGAUCAUGUGAUCCAAUGAUUUUACUUCUGGUUACAUCCUAAUGUGAAAUAAUUGCAGUUUAUUAAAAAAUAUUUAUAACCCAUGUUUAUACCACAAAUCUCUUCACCAGUUCACACCCAAAUAUGGGUGUCUUAAAAAGUUGUUGACAUUUAUUAUUUCCUUGAAGUAUCUCUUGCUUUUCUUUACCACAGUGGUCCAGAAUACUUAAUGGAGGAGGAAGAAACUUUGUUGUUUGUAUUUUUUUUUGUGCGUGUGUGAUGCUAGAAAUUAAAUUCAGGGCUUCCCUAAUGCUAGGCAAGAGCUCUGUCAGCUGAAUUACACCCCAGACCAUGAAAGAGUGUUUUGAUACUUCCAACGACUCUGUUGCCUGGUUGACUCAUAGGAAAUACCAUACCUAGGGAAUAGUGAGCUGACUUGAUGAAUUAAAAUUUGCUACUUACAAAAAAGUAUCAUGACAUUAUCUUCACAAAAUUGUAUUAUCUUGGAAUCAGAAAAUUCCACUUCUGUGUAAACCCAAAAGAAAUGAAAACAGGUUAUCAAAGAGAAAUUUAUAUUUCCAUAUUCAUAGCAGAAUUAUUUACAAUAGCUAAAAUGUAGAAACAUCCCACAUGUCCUUUGAGGAAGAAAAAGAUAAAGUUUGGUAUACACGUGAAUGGAUUAUUAUUCAGGCUUAAGAAGAGAGAAAAUUCUGACACAUACCAUGACAUGGAUGAAAUUUGAAGACAUUAUUUUGUGAAAUAAUCCAGAAACAGAAGGACCAAUACUGGGAAUGUAAAUAUGAGUUGUCAGAGACAGGCAAAUGUGUAGAACAGAAAAGUCUGUAUGGGUUAUUAUGUGGGUGGUUUUCAGGGACAGGGGAAAGUUGAGUAUGAGGAGUUAUUGUUUAAUGAUACAAAGUUCAGUGUUGCAAGAUGAACAGAGUUUUGAAGGCAGUGAUAGUGAUUGCAUAAUAAGAUGAAUCUAUUUAAUGCCACUAACCUGUAUAAUAACAAGGGUAAAAAUAGUAAAUUUUAUAUUGCCACAAUUUAAAAUGAUUUACUUCCCUAAAACAUUUACUACUUAAUAUUAUGUAGAUGGUACAAUGGAAUGUGGGUAGAGGUUGGGAAGGGUAGGCAGGGGAGGGUGCAUAUAGGGAGGUUGGAUUUCAUUAGUGCAUUCUAUUCAUGUCUAAAAAUAUCACAAUGAGCCCUUUAACGUGCAAAUUGAAUGUGUUAAUAAAAAUGAAGUCAAAUAUAAGAAAGAAUUGUAAGUGACUGGCGAAAUAUUGGAGGA